GCAGCGCACGCUGAGGCUGAGGGGGUGGCGGCGGGAGCUCCGAGCACCCCUCGCUGCCUUGUCCUCCUCAUGGCCGGCUGGUGGCUGCCGCUGCCGGCCCUCCUUCUCCUCGCUCUCCUGUGUGCCCGGCCCUGCCCCUGCGGCAGGCCUCCGGCCUCCUCUCAGGCCGUGACGGCCCGGCUGGCGGCGAAGUGGCCGGCGACGCCGCUGCUGCUGGAGGCGAGUGAAUUUAUUGCAGAAGAUGGUAAUGAGAAGUUUUGGCAGUUCUUGGAAACAGUACGAGAAUUAACAGUUUAUAAGCAAGGAGAUUCAGAGCAUUCCUAUUACAAUUUAAUCUUGAAGAAAGCAGGACAAUUUUUAUCCAAUUUGCAAAUCAAUCUAUUGAAGUUUGCACUCUCCAUACGGGCAUAUUCUCCAACUGUUCAGAUGUUUCAGCAGAUUGCAGCUGAUGAACCUCCACCAGAAGGCUGCAGUGCAUUUGUGGUUAUCCAUGAGAAGCAGACCUGUAAGACUAAUGAAAUAAAAAAGCUGCUGAAGAAGGCUACUAAGAGACCCAGGCCCUAUCUUUUUAAGGGAGAUCAUAAAUUCCCAACUCUCAAAGAGGAUGGCCCAGUGGUUGUUCUUUAUGCAGAAAUGGGUACAAAAGACUUUGUUAAAUUCCACAAGAUUCUAUCUGAGAAGGCGCAAAAGGAGGAAAUUGUUUAUGUUCUCCGGCACUAUGUUCAGAAACCAAGUUCCAGAAAAUUGUAUUUAUCUGGAUAUGGUGUAGAACUUGCAAUAAAGAGCACAGAAUAUAAAGCAGUAGAUGACACACAGGUUAAAGGAGCAAAUGAUACAAAAGAAGUGGAAGACGAUGAGGAGGAGGAGGAAAGUGAUGUCCAAGGAUUUCUCUUUGGCAAAUUAAAACAGAUGCAUCCUGAUCUGAAAAAUAAUCUGAAAGAGUUUAAAAAACAUCUAAUUGAAACUACUAACAACAUGGAACCGCUGAAAGUUUGGGAACUGCAGGAUCUUAGUUUUCAAGCAGCUGCUCGAAUUAUGUCUGCCCCUGUUUAUGAUGCCUUAAAGGUAAUGAAAGACAUAGCUCAGAACUUCCCAAUAAGAGCCAGGUCACUGACCAGAGUGCCUGUAGACAAGAAAAUGCGAAAUGAAAUAGAAGAAAAUCAGAAGCACUUGUAUGAAACACUUGGAAUCCAACCUGGAGAAGCACGUUUAUUUCUAAACGGCCUUCAAAUUGACCUGGAUUUUCAUGAUCCUUUUAGUAUCUUAGAGACUCUUAAACUGGAAGGAAAAGCGAUGCAUGGCCUUCAUGAACUUGGAAUCAAAGAGGAGAUCCUCAGUAAAUUUAUGAGGUUGCAUAUACAUCCCACAGAUGACAAUUAUGCGCUAGAUAUUCGUCACUCUUCAAUAAGGUGGGUUAAUAAUAUAGAACAAGAUCACAGCUAUAGCACGUGGCCUGCAAGCUAUCAGGAACUGCUGAAGCCCACAUUUCCUGGAGUUAUACAGCAGAUUAGACGCAAUGUAUAUAAUUUGGUCCACGUCUUUCCUAUGCUGAGGACUCCAGAGCUGGACAUAGCAGUCCAGGUUCACAUGGGCCUACUUCUUGAGCCUGUCCUGGUCCCUCUGGAUGGCAUCCUGUCCCUCAGGUGUGUCAACUGGGCUUCUCAGUUUGGCAUCCUCGCCAACCUUAUGAUUGGAUUUGUUUUCAUUUUAAGUACUAAAGAAGAAAUUGAUGGAAAUGAAGAUGCUGGAAUAGCUGUUUGGAGAACUUUUAAUUACAUUGCAGAGGAAUCUGACACCUCUCAAGCCUUUACCUCAAUAAUUAAUAUGUACCAUGAAGUGCAAGAUGGAAAUGUUCUAACAGUAAAUCAUGUGAAAGAUCUUCUUAGAAGAGAAUACCCCCAUGCUGAUGCUCAGAGUAUACUAGGUGUUCAUUCUGAAUACGAUGAAGGGAGGAAGGCAGGAGCAACCUUUUAUAAAAAGACUGGCCUGGGUUCGUUGCCUCAAGCUCUGUUUAAUGGCGUGCCCUUUAACAGAGAAGAGAUGGAUGCUGCGGAGCUAGAGACAGUUGUUCUUCAGAGGAUUAUUGAUGCCACCGGGUUCUUCCAGAGGGCAGUGUUCAUGGGUUUGUUAAAUGAUCAUACAAAUGCAAUAGAUUUUCUUAUGGAUCAGCACAAUGUAGUUUCCCGUAUAAACCCUACUAUUCUUGGAGCAGACAGAAGAUACAUACAUUUCAGAUCCACAUCUGUUCCAUUUGAUGUGGAAGACUUCUCUACUUUCUCCUUUCUUGAUUCACAAGAUAAAAGUGCUGUAAUUUCAGACAACAUGAAGUAUUUAACAAAAAAGGAUGAAGAUGCAUUGUAUGCUGUUACGAUGUGGAUUAUUGCUGAUUUCGAUAAGCCAGCUGGGAGACGGCUGCUUUCUAAUGCCUUGAAACACCUGAAAACAAGCAGUCAUACACGAAUUGGGAUUUUGAACAAUCCUUCAUCAAAAAUAAAGGAAGAUAACACAGCCAUUGCAAGAGGAGUUUUGACUGCUUUUCUAACUCAAAACAACAGCAGCUUAAAAAGUUUCCUAAGUAAACUCACUAAGGAAGAGACAGCAAAAUCCCUUGCUGCUGGAACUAAAAUUGUGAAAUUCCUCACCCCAGGAAUGGAUGAUGAUGCUUUUGAGAAGAAGUACAACACUUUAGGACUGGAUAUAAUUAAAACCCACCAGAUGUUCUGCCAGGAGGUUCUUAAGCUGCUCCCUGGGCAAAUGGCUGUUGUGAGCAAUGGCAGGGUACUUGGUCCUUUAGAUGAAAAUGAAUUCUAUGCAGAAGACUUUAAUUUGUUGGAAAAAAUAACAUACAGUACCUCAGCGGAGAAGAUUAAAGCUAUUGUCAAAGAGAUGGGAAACAGCAGUAAAAGUGGCAGUGAUUUGAUUAUGAAAAUAGAUGCCCUGCUGUCGUCGUUGCCUAAAACAGAGAUGAGACAAGAUGCUGAAUUACUCAAAGACCAGCACAGCGUAGUAAAAGUCGAUCCCCAACAGAAUGAACCAUUCUAUGAUGUUAUUGCUAUUGUGGAUCCAUUGACAAGAGAAGCACAGAAGAUGGCUCAUUUAUUGAUUGUACUUAAAGACAUUAUCAAUGUGAAACUCAGGUUGUUUUUGAACUGCAGAUCUAAGCUGUCAGAAGCACCACUGAAGAGCUUCUAUCGUUUUGUUCUGGAACCAGAAUUAACUUACGGGAUCAACAAGCACCUUCCUUCUGAACCUAUGGCAAAAUUCCUAGAAUUGCCAGAAUCACCCCUUUUAACCCUAAACAUGAUCACUCCUGAAAGCUGGUUGGUUGAAGCAGUAAACAGUUCCUGUGAUCUCGAUAACAUUCAUUUACAGGAUAUAAAAGGGACAGUGAUAGCAGAAUAUGAACUAGAAUAUAUAUUGCUUGAAGGACAUUGCUUUGAUGUGACGACUGGACAACCUCCUCGAGGGUUACAGUUCACUCUGGGCACAAAGAAUAAUCCUGUCAUGGUUGAUACUAUUGUGAUGGCCAACCUGGGAUAUUUUCAGCUGAAAGCAAAUCCAGGUGCUUGGACAUUGAGGUUGCGUAAAGGAAGGUCCGAAGAGAUUUAUCAGGUUUUUUCCCAUGAAGGAACAGAUUCUGAAGCUGACCUCACAGAUGUUAUUGUGGUAUUAAACAACUUCAGAAGCAAAAUUAUCAAAGUCCAAGUACAGAAAAAGCCUGAUAAAGUGAAUGAAGAUCUCCUUACUGAUGGAACAACAGGAAAAAAAGGAAAUCAAGAAUCAGUCACAAGAUUUUCAGAAGACAUUCCAGCAGAGGAGAAGGAAAAGAAAAGUGAUAUUCUUAACAUUUUUUCAGUCGCUUCAGGUCAUUUGUAUGAACGUUUUUUAAGAAUUAUGAUGCUUUCUGUCCUACGUCAUACAAAAACACCGGUUAAAUUUUGGUUUCUGAAAAACUAUCUGUCUCCAACAUUUAAGGAUGUUAUUCCUCAUAUGGCUAAAAAGUAUGGUUUCAAGUAUGAGUUAGUACAGUAUAAAUGGCCCCGCUGGCUUUAUCAACAGGCAGAGAAACAAAGGAUUAUCUGGGGCUACAAAAUUCUUUUUUUGGACGUUCUUUUCCCUUUGGCUGUGGAUAAAAUAAUAUUUGUCGAUGCUGACCAGAUUGUGAGAAGUGACCUAAAAGAACUCAGAGAUCUGGAUCUGAAUGGAGCUCCCUACGGAUACACACCUUUCUGCGACAGCCGUAAAGAAAUGGACGGGUACCGGUUCUGGAAGUCGGGAUACUGGGCAUCACAUCUUGGGAAAAGGAAAUACCAUAUUAGUGCCUUAUAUGUUGUGGAUCUUAAGAAGUUCAGGAAGAUUGCAGCAGGAGACAGGCUUCGGGGCCAGUACCAGGCUCUUAGUCAAGAUCCAAACAGCCUGUCAAAUCUAGAUCAGGAUCUUCCCAAUAAUAUGAUUCAUCAAGUAGCCAUUAAGUCUCUCCCUCAGGAGUGGCUUUGGUGUGAAACCUGGUGUGAUGAUGAGUCCAAGAAAAAGGCUAAAACAAUAGACUUGUGCAACAACCCCCAAACCAAAGAACCCAAACUAAAGGCUGCGGCGCGGAUAGUUCCCGAAUGGGUUGACUAUGACUCUGAGAUACGAACGUUAAUACAGCAAAUUGAAAAAAAGAAGAAAAAUCUAACAUCGUUCUUUCAGAAAGGUCUUAGGCACGAUGAACUUUAGCAGAGCCUGCAGACAGCAAUGGUGACAGCUCAGUGGUCUUCUGGGAAAGAUCCAAUGGAAGCUACGAGUGUUGUUAUUUUGGCACUAUUUGUAACAUUCUUUAAUGUCAGGUCAAAUAUUUUAUAACUUAUAGUGUUAUUUAAAACGUUUUAAAUUAAAUACAAAAGCAGAAGAGAAAUCCACAGGUACUUGAUUAUCAUUAUUAUUAUUUUUUUAACCAGCACAGAGGAGCUUUCCUGGUUUCUUUGGUUUUUUUUCCUUCGCUAAAAGACAGUUUACUCAGAGGAUUCUAGAAUAUAAAGAAUGAUGUGUUCAACUCUUCAAAGAUCUAUUGUGUUAGUCUGAGGGAGGGGACACACAUUAAAUAUGUACAUGAAAACUGUUUUGUGCAUAUCAUUACAUGCAUUAAGCUAAAUAUUUAAAUAUAAAGAAUUUUGGUUAUACAUCAAUAGUUUUGUCUCUGGAGAAAUGCAGUGGUCACAAGAAAAAAUGUCAGUGUAGCAAAGAUUAGACAUAAAAAACCCAGCUUGUGUAAAUCAGACCACACAAAUUUGAGUCAACUUGGAAACUUACUAAAGCAAGGAAUGUCACUUUUCAUUUUUGAUGCCGGAUUGCUGUAUUCUUACCAAUUUUUGAAAAAAUAAUUUUUGAUUUUUAGGCUCCUUUUGGUCACUUUAUAGUAUGUCAUAUACUUCCAUUAUGGUUUUUUGGUUAAGAUGAUUUUCCAACCAGCAUAAAUUGCAUCAGAAGGUCAGUACCUGGAAGCUACUUCUACUCAGUUUUCAUUAUCAUCGUCCUGUUUAGAAUGGAAAAUAAAAUAAUAAAAUACGUGAGUAAUUUUGACUAUCA